GCGCGCACUCCUCGCCGCGCCCGCCGUCCGUCACAAUGAGGCCCGUCUACGACAAGCUGACGCUCUACAUAACAAAUGAAGCGUUCACAUUCAUCCCAGACCAUGGGCGCGACUCGCUCACCAUUACCCGCGCCACGGGCCAAGUCGCGUUCGAGCAGCCCGCAGCUCAGAUUCCCCGCACGGCGCGAAGACAUCCCAAGACCGUGCACGCCAUUUACGGGAUUAUCUCCCUCUCCCAGUCAGAAUACCUGAUCAUUGCCACUGGUCGCACACUGUACCCCGCACCCCUCCUCGGCCACAAGGUGUAUCGCCUCCAUGACUUCGAGCUCAUCCCCAUCAACCCCCUCAUGUCCCCCGACCUCACCAACAACAAUCAAGUACACCCGGUUGAGGCUCACCUGCAAGCUCUCGUCAAAUCCCACCUCUCGAACGGCGUCUUCUGGGCCAGCUACACGUGUGACAUCACCACACGCCUACAGGCGCAAUGGGAGACGCGAGAACAACGUGCCCACAGCGCCUUGUAUGAAGUGGCGGAUGACCGCUUCUUCUGGAACAAGUUCCCCGCUUCAAAGCUCAUCGAGAGCGGCGCCAAUGUCGGCUCUUAUGUGCUUCCUAUUCUCUAUGGCACCGUCUCUAUCCACGAAAUUCCUCUGUCGAGCUUGCCGCGGAAGUCAUACCUCGCCUUGAUUUCUAGACGGUCACGCUACCGUGCUGGUACGCGAUACUUCCGUCGCGGUAUCGACAGCGAGGGACAUGUCGCGAACUUCGUCGAGUCGGAACAAAUCCUCCUGGCCAAGAACGAACAAGAGGGGGGCAUCCCGGGCUCACCCUUUAUCGGCGCCCACGACUUUGAUGACGGAUGGCGUGACCCGUUCAGCGACCCGACGUACGCGAAGCUGUCCUUCGUACAAAUACGAGGGUCUAUCCCACUCUUCUGGGCAGAGAUCAACACGCUGAGGUACAAGCCAGACCUCGUUGUGAUGCAAUUGGAAGAGACGAUGGGCGUCCUGCGUGCGCAUCUCGAUGAGCAACUCAAGCUCUACUCGCCGCAUACAGACGGCACUCCAACGGGCAGCCUUGACUUGAUCAACCUCGUCAACCACAAAGGCCAUGAGGGGCCGAUCAAGGAGGCGUACGACAAGGCUAUGGCCGAGGUGUCGGCGACCCUGCCUAACGUCCGCUACGAGUACUUCGACUUCCACAACGAGUGCAAAAACAUGCGCUGGGAUCGUAUAAGUGUCUUGAUUGACCGCAUCAAGGACGACAUCGAACGCGUUGGAUUCUUCCACAUCCCUCCGUCGAAGUCGCCCGUACCCGAAAGACUGCAAAAUGGCGUGUUGCGAACCAACUGCAUGGACAACUUGGACAGGACGAAUGUCGUGCAGGCCGCAUUAGCAAAGUACGUGCUACAAAAGCAGCUCUACAACAUCGGCGGUCUUGUCAAGGGCGAAGGCGUUGACGACAAUGAGGCGCUCUCGGCAGUUUUCCGCAAUAUGUGGGCAGACCAUGGAGACCAGAUUGCACGCGCAUAUGGAGGUAGUGGUGCGCUCAAGAGUGACUUCACUCGCACGAACAAGAGGACCAGGAAAGGUGCUGUUGAAGAUGGCGUGAAGAGCGUGCUGCGCUACGUCAAGAACAACUUCCUUGAUGGCCCUCGUCAGGACGCUUUCGACCUCAUGACGGGUGUGUAUGUGCCGCGACAGAAUCCGUCUAGCGCCAUGUUCCUUGUCACGGAUAGAAGAGACGUGGUGACGCGCUCGAUGCCCGCCGUUGCAGGAUUCUCGUUCUUCAUGAUCUGUGCGGGAUUGACUCUCCCGCGGACAUCAGACUAUUCCUUGUUGUACUACUUCCUCCUCUGGUUCACGUGGUUCUUGGUCGCGAUGACCUUUAUCUUCGUCCACGGCAUCUGCUACGUAUCGUGGCCGCGACUUGUAUCGGUCAAGGACGCCGUCUUCUACGAUGGCCCCGGCUUCCGAAAGUACUGGCACGGUAUGGGCCUCGACACGAAGAAGGCGAAGAGCGGCGUCAAUUCUGGUCUGGAGAAGGCGGCACUUCUCAAGUCGAAGCCGAUGAUCAUGAUGGAGAAGUGGGCUGGCGGAGGGAACGACGGGGACAAGCGGGUGGACUGAGCUCGGUCUCAGUCUGGGGUUUGUGCACACACGGAACUCUACAGAUUCUUGGUAGUUUAUGUUAGACUCGCUAUAACCGCACGCUCCUUUGAAUAGUAUCUAUUCCUUCCAAUUUGUCGCGCAUACCAUUGUGUAGUAGUCUCGAUGCUACCAGCACACUUCAACAGUGCAUACCAACCAGUAUUCGAGACAAUGGUAUGCGAGAAAUGUAUUAUUGUGCUGC